AUGAACGCUGCUACAUUAAUAUUUUUUUUAGUUAUAUCUGCACUACUAGCGCAAGCGUUUAACUCUGGGUCCAUACCCGGAACAUCAGCGAUCCAGGGUCAAAACUUUCGACAUGGUGAUUUAGAAAAUUCAUUACAAACUGUGGAUCUAUCCCUCCGCGACGGAAGCCGGCUGGCACGGCUGCUUCGGACAACCAACAAGCUUUCAGACUUAGAUGUGAAGCGAAUAUAUUUUGGCAACUGGUUGCGUGACUACAACCAAGCGGUGGAUGUUGGAGCACUACGGGUGGGUAUCAACCCUGAAGUGCUUCGUGUUGCUGUUGGAACAUUGGCCUACGCUGAAUUUGGGUAUGCAACAGGCGAGUUUGAAGUGACGAGCGACCGAUUGGGGGUUUACCGUCCUGAAGAACAUAUUGACAAUCCUGAAGGGUAUGGGGAAGGAUUAGAUGCACGGAUACUGGACAAGAGAUUGCGAGGUCCUGUUAGUGAAGCCGAAAUUGCAGUGGAUCCGGAGACUGGAAUGAAGAACUAUAUUGCUAAUGAAAAUGGAGGGUGGACCACGUCAGCUGAAUUCGUGCGCAAGAGCUUGCUGGCUAGCAUUGAGAGCGGGAAAAAGGCGACACAAAAUAUGGACUCAAAUGCUCUUUACGAAGCAGAGCGACUGUUGGGCCAAGCGCUGCAUACAUUGGAAGAUUUCGCGGCACAUUCCAACUAUUGUGAGCUUGUGUUGAUUGAUAUGAAUCACACCAAUGUAUUUCCGCAUGUGGGAAAUCACACACGGAUAAAUUUAAAAGGCAAAUCUGGGGUUUAUCCUCUAGUUACAGGGUCAUUUGGUGCAUCUGAUUUUAUUCAUAGCUUUUUGGGUCUUGCACAAGAUUCACUCGACCAGUCAGCACCAUCCUUGCAAACCCUGGAAACAGGGUUAAAGGCGAGCAUAGGUGCAGGGAAGUAUUCUGCAGACAGUUUAAAAUGGUAUUUGGGGAUGCUUCCGUCGUCGACACAAACACUGAUUCAAUCGAACAUUGCUGGAUUAGUAUCCGAUAUGAAUAUUUCUACAGCCAGCAAGCCAAGUUCGCCCGCCGAGGUAGUCAAACAAGCAGUUGACCAAUUUAUCAAGAUUUUUCAAACUCCACCAUCAAAUCCGGCUUCAAACUCUCCACCUUCGAUCAAUAAGACUCUGAGUAAUAUUACACCUGCAUUCAAAUUUCAAGACUCAGUUAUGAAGGCAGUUGAUGAGAGUUUGGACAAAAGUAGUCCAAUGGUUUUAUCGGUUUAUCAAAACCUUUCUAACGCAUUUUCAAUGUUUGUACUUAGUUUGAUGCAGCCAGUGAUGAUUCCUUUGGUUCAAAGCUUGAAGAAGUCACUUUUAGACGCUAGUUUACAAUUCGCUGAAAGCGAUCCGGCUCAGUGGACAGUCUGGCGAAAUGCUAGCAGCACAACUCCAACGCAUUCUCAGUUAUCGAAGGAUCAUUUUGGGAUCCAUUUAAAUGAGCCUGCUGGGCAGGUGGCCUUGGCUGUUGUGAACCAGAUUGCACCAAAAGUGAUUAAAGCGUGGGACGAUGAUGGAAUCAGUGCAGAGGAUGCAGCAAAAAAAAUUGUGAAGGAAGCGUUAGAAGUGUUUCAUCAUCCGGUACUUGCAAAGACUGAUUUGCAGUUGAAAAUGCGAGCCGUGAUGGAGAACUGGGUAUCUGGAUUGGGGUCUAAUGUUGAUAAAGUGAUGGCCACUUUGACCUCGUGCAGUGUUCGUAAUGGGCAUAACCACUUGGAUAACCCUGGUUUUGCAGAGGGUAAUGUUAACUGCGCAUGA